AAGCAGAAAAGCGAAUCUCCGGUGUCUGAGCGUGAGGAGAACAGCUGCAGCAUCGGUGAUGCCACUCAAGAUUCCUCUCAGGAAGACGAUAAUUUAAAAGAUUCGAGUUACCAGAGGUCUGGCGAGACGGCGUCGGUCAGAAAUGAUCCGGCACUAGUGAACAGUCUUUCGGACAACCCGUCGAACAUACAAAAUCUACUGAGCAUGUGGAUGCAGCCGGCUUUAGCUAUGGAGCGAUAUUAUUCCAGUCUACAGCAGCUUCUCUCCAGUCAGGCGGAAGCCGAGCAGAUGUCAUCAAAAAGCUCUGUAAAUAACGGCAACGACAGUACGGAAACAACUGCAGCUCUGUCCCCUGACCAAGCGGCAAGCCCAGCAAGUGUGCCGACCGGCACUGCUUCCCUAAACGGCUCUACGCCGUCGGCAAAUACCUCAUCAACCAAUGUAAACAAUACUAGUUUCAAUUCUCUCAGUAGCGAGAUGCUGUUUUAUGUUCUGUACGACUUUCUGGUCAUAAUCGGUCGCUUUCAGGUGUUCACAAACCGGUCCAAUCUCAUCGUGCAUCUUCGUUCGCAUACAGGCGAGAAGCCUUACAAAUGUCGACUCUGUCCGUACGCUUGUGCGCAGAGCAGUAAAUUGACACGACAUAUGAAGACGCACGGGCAGCAGGGAAAGGAGAUAUAUCAUUGCUGUAUUUGCUACAUGCCGUUUUCCGUGCACAGUACGUUGGAGAAGCACAUGCGCAAGUGCGUGGUCAGUCACAACUCGUCGUAUCGCUCGCAGCCGGUCGGUUCCUCAGAUUUCACCGCCGGUUCCAAUUCGGUACCCCCUCGCACUACCUCGCAGACCGGCACGAAACAAAUAAAUCUGUUCACCACGUCUAGUGGCACUCUACCGAUGGUGACCGACAGCAUGGCCAAAAAGCGCCUGUUUAGCUGGCUGCAGACGCAGUUCAGUUUGGCGGCUGCGGCAAAGAACGACACCGCGAAGGCGAACGGUACUGCAGAGGCCGAUAUGUACAGUGAGGUAGCUAAGUCACUGCAGUACUCCCGUGCUGUGGACAGUCCGAACGACACCGCUUCGCCACGGACGUCGCUCGCUGACGAAGCUGACCCUCCAUCCGACGACAACAAUGACAAUCGCAAAGAAAGCGGUAGCUGA